AUGUCAGAGCUCCCGGUAACAACGCAAGAUCUCGAAAACAAGACAGCAAAGACUGGGCUUCCUCCAGUGCUGAAAAGGCUAUUUAAAUCGCAUAAAAACCUGGACUUCGAGACGGCAACAUGGGAAAUGAUAAAUCUAGUUUUUAAACCCCGGAAGGCAUACAGAUCUCUAUAUUACCAGCGGCAGACCAGGAACAGAUGGUCCCGGGACGAUCCCUCUUUUUUUAUUUUGCAGGUUGGAUUACUGUUCAUCAGUUCGCUCGUCUGGUCCGUUGUGUAUGGUCAUUCCUUCAAAGGGUUUAUCAAGAUGAUGUUUAACAUGAUAUUCAUCGACUUCUUCGCAGUGGGAUUCAUAGUGGCCACCCUAUUCUGGGCUACGCUGAAUAGAAGCUUUUUCAAGUUUAGGUCUGCGCAGAAUGCGCACGUUGAAUGGGCAUACUGUUUUGACGUACAUUGUAACGCGUUCCUAGUGGUUUGGUGCUUGCUCUACCUAGUGCAGUUCUUACUGCUUCCUGCCAUCAAUUUGCACAGAUGGAUAGGGCUCUUCAUCGGCAACACGCUCUAUUGUGCCGCAUUCGGCCAGUAUUUCGUGCUCACCUUCUAUGGCUACAGCCAGCUCCCAAUCCUCAAGAACGUCAACUUCAUCCUACUGCCAACAAUGGUGUUCGCUGGGGUAUACCUUGUGAGCCUGUUUGGUCUCGAGCUCUCGAAGGUGUUCCAGUUUCACUCCUACUAA